GGUCAAUUAGUGGUGUGCUGCCAAACUGCGUGUGUUUGUCGUCGAACUGAGGAAAAAUACUCAACCAAACUGGGUUUUAUUUAAAGUGCUUAACGCCAAGAAACAAUGAACAAACUUAAAUCAACGCACCGUGACAAAGUCAAAAAAUUUAUUUCACUCACACAAACAGGAGAGCAGACUGCAAUCUUCUGUCUUCAGAAAAACGACUGGAAAAUUGAGCUGGCGUGUGAUAACUUUUAUCAAGAUCCGGACUAUUACCGAGAACUUGAUAAAAAAAAAAUAGAACAUUUGUUUACAAGAUAUCGGGACCCGUGCGACCCUCAAAAGAUCAAUUCUCAAGGAGUGAUUCGAUUUCUAGAGGAUCUUGAGCUCAGUCCUGACUCAAAAUUAGUGCUUAUAAUAGCCUGGAAAUUUCACGCAGAGGUUCAGUGUGAGUUUUCCCGAGACGAGUUUAUAACAGGCAUGUGUGAUGUGGGUGUGGACAGUAUUGAGAAGCUGAAGUCUAAGCUCCCAAUGUUAGAGCAGGAAUUAAGUGACGCUGGCAAAUUUAAAGAGUUCUAUCAUUUUACAUUUAACUACGCUAAGGAUCCAGGUCAAAAAGGAAUCGAUUUGGACAUGGCUAUUGCUUACUGGUGCAUCGUGUUAAAUGGUCGUUUUAAAUUUCUGGAUAUUUGGUGCAAGUUUUUAGAAGAAAAACAUAAGCGGGCUAUAUCUCGUGACACUUGGAAUUUACUCUUGGAUUUUGCAACGGUCAUUGAUGAUAAGAUGAGCAACUACGACUCUGAGGGUGCUUGGCCUGUGUUAAUUGACGAUUUUGUUGAAUGGUGGCAUGAAAAUUAUUUAGUUAAAGACGAGUCCUUGUUUAAAAGCUAUAGUUCACAGACGCAUCAGUCUAAUUCUCAACAACAGCAUAAAAACAUAUCCAACUCUUACCAGGCUGCCCAUAGUACAAAUAUGAAUUAUGGCUAGCGGUUACUACAAUACAAAUUAACCAACUGCUAUUAUUCGGAUUAUUAUAAUGCGAUUUAAAGAACUACGAUUUAAUUACAUUUAUCAAUAAAAAAAACAUCAAUAAACAAAAUUAUUAAGCUGUA